AUGCCGCGCCAUCAGCCGCUCCACGUCACCACGUUCGCACGGCGCACGGGCAUCCGCUACACCGGUUCCCUGCUUGUCGGCAUCAUCCUCAUCCUCGUUCUCCUCAGCGUCCUGCUGACGUCGCGGCGCGGCGGCGCGUUGCCGUGGCGACGCGAUCUUCUGCAGGUCGACAACAUCAUCAACGACGGCGUCUACAACUACGAGCUCGGCAUACACGUCAGCGGCGCCUACCUGCGUCGCAACGCCACCAUCGGCAACGUCGACUCGGCACGAGAGCUGUCGCGCUUCCUACGCAAGGUGCGCGACGUCGGCGCGCGGCACGGCAUCGUCGCGCUCACCGUCGCCAACAACGCCAACGCGCCGUUCGUCGGCAACUGGCUGUGCGGCGCCGCGCUGCGCAUGCCCGACGCGAUGGCGCGCGUUGUCGUCGUCGUCACCGACCAGCCGACGUACCGACGCAUGCUCGCCGACUGGCCGAGCGUGCACACGGCGUUGUUUCGCACUGACGCGGCGCUGCAGUACAACCUGGAUCGCAGCGGCGAGCAGCGCUACAAGUUCCUGCUGCGGCGAAUCGAGAUGCUGCUGUCGGCGCUGCAGUGUAACGUCGACAUCCUCGUCUUCGACGCCAACACGCUCUGGCUGAAAUCGCCUUUCGCGCUGCUCUCUAGCUCGGCGUACGCGAACAGCGACAUCGUCGCCUCGCCGACGUCGCGUCCGCACGAGCCGGUCGCCGACGGCUUCAUGCUGCUGCGAGCGACGACGCGACUGCUAGACGCCUGGCGGACGAUCACCGCCAACCUACAGGCUCUGCAGUUCCACAACAGCAGUCAGGUGGCGUGGGCAGCGUAUCCGGCGAGUGAGCUCGCUUACCUCGCGCAGCUGAUCGCGCGCGGAAGUGACGUGACGGCGCCGCUGAGCGUCGCCAUCUUGCCGUGGGACCUCUUCCCGGACGGCACGUGGUAUCUGAAGUCGCAAAGCGAGCGGGACUACAGCGGCGCAUGCGUCGUCGUCAACAACUGGAACGUCGGCGUGAAGAUGAAGAUCGACCGCGUGAGGGCGCUCGGCUACUGGUACAUGCAGCGAGAAGGACAGCGGUCAACGUGCCCCUACGUCAAAUGAGGCGUAACCGCGCGAGGCGCCACCUAUUGGUGCUAUUAAAAGACACGCUUGCUAGCAAUUUAAUUAUAGCGUCCCCGGUGUUUUCUCCGAAAGUUUCACGAUGCGUGUGCAUCGAAAGCCACAAUUUCGACGUAUAUUUGAAUAAAUUAUCCCGGCUUGACAAGUCGUUCCAGCCGGAGUGAGGAUUAGGUGCUCGUUUACCACAACGCACGCUUGCAUACUGCAAGCAUAUAUUGCAUAUGACCGAAACUUCUAAGAGUCUUCAAAGCGCGAUUUUAGACCAAGAUGAGUUGGGUGUAUAGCAUGUGAUUUCUAGUACAUAUGUGAUAAGAACGAGCGUCGGAGAGUCGAUGAGUGCUAUUGGCGCGCUCACUCUUUUUUUUAUUAUUCCGCGUUAUCAUAAAGAAGGAAAGUACGCAUGCAAAGCAAAUGCACGUACAGAGGGAGGAAAAAACUGUAACACGGGUUACACUCGUGCUGCGUGACCGCUUGGCCCUUAUCAGCAUUGACAGAGCACGUGCACCGAUAUUAGCAGGAAACGCGCCCGCGUUCGAAGGCCUUUUGACGAUGAUAUUGCUAAGGCCCCGU